UGACUUGUCGAGAUUGAUCCAACACUCGUUUUUCACUCCUGCCCUUAGCAUAACACAGGAACGGCACAACCCAGAACAAGAAUGAGCGGUGAGUCGUUUGACGGUACUGUAAAGCAAGAAAUGUCUUUAGAGGACCAUGAGGAUGCUCCUUUUUACGGAGAUGCGUCUGUGAAACACGAGGAUGGGUCACCUCUGUCUCAGGCAGAUUCAGAUGCGUCUAAGCGUAAAUACGACACAAUGACUCCUGCUCAGCAUAAGUAUUGCCUGGCCAUUGUGCGUCAACUGAAACGGACAAAAGAUUCCAUUCCCUUCAGAGCGCCUGUUGACCCUGUCAAGCAGAACAUUCCCGAUUAUCCUACGAUUAUUAAGCAUCCUAUGGAUCUCGGAACCAUUGAAAAACGUCUUACGGGCCAUAUUUAUAAUUCAGCGCAAGAGUUUAUUGAUGACAUGAGAUUAAUGUUUUCUAAUUGCUUCACGUACAAUGGUACAACUUCACCGGUAGGAGUGAUGGGUAAAAAUAUUGAAACAAUUUUUGAACGUCAAUUGAAGCAAUUGCCCAGCUCAAACGCAGACUUGCCUCCUACGAAGAAAACAAAACGUAGGGGCUCAACAGCAUCUUCAACAUCGACUGCCGAAACCCGUUCUCGGAAGCUGCAUUCACCUGCAGUGAGUGUCCCCGCUCCGCCUGUUGCUGUUGUCAACGACACAAAGUCUCAGCGGCGGAAGCUAAGCUCGCAAAUGCGUUUUUGUUCCACGAUCAUUAAAGAGCUUCACAAACGUCAAUACUCUACCUUUGCUUAUCCCUUUUAUCAACCCGUGGACCCCGUCGCUUGCGACUGUCCUGACUACUUUGACAUUAUUAAACACCCUAUGGAUUUAAGCACUGUUCAAAAGAAACUGAACAAUGGAGAGUACGAGACGCCCAGUGAUUUCGAAGCGGACAUCCGUCUAAUCUUCAAUAACUGCUACACCUACAAUCCUGUGGGGACGCCGGUUCAUGAAAUGGGUCGGAAAUUGGAAGCAGUCUUUGAUGAAAAAUGGCUUCACAGACCGUCGCAAGAUGACACUGCUGCUGCUGCUACUUUUAGCGGCACUACUACUGCAUACACUCCUGUGGCCGCUCCAAAACAGCAAUCGCCGUCGACCACGGUCGCUGAUGAUGAGUACGAGGAAAAUGCAUCCACCGAUGAAAACUACGGCAAUGACAAGUUUGCGGCUGUUGACAAGCAAAUAUCCAUGCUGCAAAAUACUUUAGAGGCCAUGAAGGCAAAGAAAAGCAAACAAAUGCGGAAGACGCAAAGACGCCGUAAUUCGACUGAAUACGGCCCAAUCACAUAUGCCAUGCAAAACGAAUUGGCCGAACGCUGCAACUAUUUGUCGGCCGACCAACUCACUCAUGUGGCCGAAAUUCUGCGAGAGGCUAUGCCGUGGCUGCGUGAUACUGAUGAAAUUGAAAUUGAUGUGGGUAACAUGGAACCGGCUGUGUUUCACAGCAUCUAUCGUUAUGUGUGUUUGGCCCAACCCGAGAAGCCCGCAUAUCGUUCUCCUACGCCUACUCAAGUGUAUCCAGCCACAACAACGGCUCCUUAUGCAAAGCCAGAGAAGAAGAAGGGUCGUGUACUAUCAGAAGCCGAGCAGGCAGAAAAAAUUCGUCGUUUACAGGAGCAGUUAGAUCGUUUUUCGGGGAAGAGUCGCACUUCGUCUCCCGCUCCGCAGACAAAUGCCGUCUCUUCUCAGUCGGACGAUUUGGCACCCGGUUCAGCUGCGCAUCCUCAGAUGCCUCCUGCCAGUCCAUCAGGCAGUACCAGUUCCAGUGAACACGACAGCGAAAGUAGUGACUCUGCAUAGUCGCUAUUUUGUUUUCUUUCCUUUGGUUGCCCGGUCACUUGGUGAUCGAAAGCGCCAGGAAUUAUACACAUCAGAUUAUUGUUUCUGCUAUGCUUUAUAAUGCUCCCAGCGACGGCUAUAUUCCAUUCUGCCUGCUGUCGGCGAGCGUUAUUUUAAACAGCGUGACAUUGGUCCGAGUGACAAUUGUCUGACUGUGUUUGUACCUUAAACUAUUUUACGUCUUCCUCAUAUUUGCUCGCCAACUGCAGUCAAGGCAGCGAUACUACUCCUUCACCUCUUCCUCCCCGCGUCUCUCUUUUUGUUUGAAAUGCGUGCGUCGUAUUGAGGGUUUUCGCACCAUCUACAGGUAUUUACUCGUCAUUAAUUUGCUUGAAAGAGCGUCGCACACGUCUACCGUUUAUGUAUGUAUCCCUCGUUUUCCUUAAUAAAUCUUCCUCUUCAUAACAAUAUUGACGACAUCAUUAAAUAUCAAUUGU